AACUUCACCUUCCUUUCUUAACCCUCAAAUCUCACUUUUCUUCUCCAUGCUACAAAUACAAAUUCAUCAUCUCAAUUCGAGUCGGGUUAGACCGGAGAAUCCCUAAAAAUACAGGCAAAGGGGUGAGAAUUGAACUGGCAUUGUUACAAGGGUGAAAGGAAAAACCAUCACUAAUGGGGCUUUCUAAUGAUUCCCCAUUCUCGUCGUGGCGUAAUGAAGUUGAAGAAGAUGGAGAUGACGUGCAUGAAGUCCUUACAAGUGAUCAAAUAAGGGCGGUUCGAGAUGUACAUGCUUCAAUGUUAGUAAGGAUGGCAAUGAGAAUAUCAAGAGCAAAGUGGUUUACAUUUCUUAGAAGGGUUUUCCACUACCAAAAUGGAUCAAGAUCUCACCUUGGAGAAAAUCCUUUUAAUUCAUUUGGUUGGAUGAUGGUUGAAUUAUUAACAAUUGUUGUUCAAAUUUGUAUGACUUUGAUCACUCUAUUUGUUUCAAAGGAAGAGAGGCCAGUUUGGCCUAUGAGACUAUGGAUAGUUGGGUAUGAUUUUGGUUGUGUUAUGAGUCUUCUUAUCUUGUAUUGGAGGUAUCAACAUUACCAUUUGGGACAAGGAGAUGAUGGGUUUAACUUACUUGAUUUGGAACAACAAGGAACCAAUGCACAUUCAAGCAGGGGCUGGUAUUUGGUGAAGAGAUGCAGGGCAUCACUAGACCUGUUCUUCGCAAUGUGGUUUGUGAUGGGCAACGUGUGGGUGUUCGACACACGAUUUCGAUCAUUUAACCGAGCUCCUCAACUUUACAUGAUGUGUACAACCAUAUUGGCUUGGAAUGCCUUAACUUAUUCAUUUCCUUUACUUCUUUUUCUUUUGUUGUGCAUUUUUGUUCCAUUAGUUAGCAGCUUCAUUGGCUAUAAUAUGAGCUUGGGUUAUGCCGAAAAAGGUGCCUCUUAUGACCAAAUUUCCCAAUUACCAAGCUGGAGAUAUAAAUUGGUUGAAACCACACUAGAUGCUCACACUUCCUCCCCAAUUAAGGAAAAUCCAGAGUGUUGCAUAUGCUUAUCAAAAUACAAGGAUAAAGAAGAAAUAAGGCAAUUGAGGUGUAGUCAUAUAUUCCACAAAACAUGUGUGGAUCAGUGGCUCAAAAUUAUAUCCUGCUGCCCAUUGUGCAAAAAAGGAUUAGAUACGUAACAUCAUUAGUAUAAUUGUAAAUAUAUAAAACGAACUGAACCAAUACUAAACCAACAAAACAUUUGUUCAACGUAAAUAAUGAAAGUAACAAUGUCGGCUAUUUGCAUAUUAUGAAAUUAUAUACAAACACUGUACAGUCUACGUUGAAAGAUCUUGUAAUAUGGUAUUUUCUCUUUUUUUAAUCAAAUAUUUUAAAUUUUUGGC